AUGCUUGCGCUGCAUACAGCUAAAGCAAUAAGAAUAGACACAACAGAGAUCCGGAAUGAUACAUCAGCUAUAAAGGAUAGUACGGCUCAAAUUCUAGAAGAGAUCAGUCAACUCCAGGCACGGCUACCAAAUCGAGAUGACUAUAUCCUGCAGAGCUUUUUGGAAGACAUGACGACAUACACGGAGAACGCCUUAGACGGAGCAUCUAUUGAUUGGAGAAGUUCUAGUACACGGGCCCCAUCUCCUAUUAUUGAAAUCGAAGAAGGUGCAGGCUCUGCUCACAUUUCCGAUUCGGAUUUUCCUGUUAUUGAAAUCGAAGAAGGUACGGGCUCUGCUCACAUUUCAGAUUCGGACUUUUCCACGGAUUUCGCGUCGUUCAAUGUUCACAAGAAUCAUUCUGAGUAUCGAGUGGCCGAAAAAGACGGACUUUCGGUGUGGGAGUGCAUCACAAACGUGGAAACUUACUAUACGGGGAUGGAGGGAGAAUGGCAAGACAUAUGCUUGAGACGACGGCGCCGAGCAGCAGUCAUGACAGAGCAACGUCCCCCAUCCCCGUCUACAGUACCUUCAGAAUUCUUUGAUGCCUUUAGUCUGAGUUUUGAUUGGGGUAUGCCACAGGACGGACCAGACCCUUUUGCUGACGAGUCCGACGUUGAAUCUUGCACGACUCGUUUUACGGCAUUGACGUUCCCCGGACGUGAAUUCGCCUUUCAGGACAUUCUUCGGCCCAGCCGCUUCCAACCACCCAGACGGAUCAAGAUCGCAUUCUAUAUCCCUGUGGAUCGCUUUACGUUGCCUGGUGAAUUCAAAUCUCGGUGGAACUUCAUUUCCCAUUCUGUUUCAGCACUCGCACAGCAGGUUGUAUCUCCUUGGCAAAACAUUGUUAUUAUCAUCGAGGGGCCUCCCAGGUGGCUUGGGGAUGAUCCUGUCUGUAUGCUCCUUAGGGAAUUGGGUAUCCUGUUCGAAUCGGAUCAGUCGAUCGAUUAUGUUGGCCGUGUCUCGGUGUAUCCGCCUUAUCACAUGGAACGUGAUAAGAUUUUUGAGCGACCGAUCCUUGGGACCAUAUAUGAGGUAGUAGCAGUAGCACCACAUCAGCAUCGAGACGACCCAGCCCGUUAUAAUCUCCAGUACUACGAUAACUGGGCCGCAGCUCAACUCAAAGCAUGA